GUUACUCCCUCUCCUCCAUAGACCAUAGUCGUCACUCGUCAGUCUCACAUAUCCUUUGAUUGUUCAUUGGGAUUCAGAACACCAACGUUCGUCAGGAAUGUGAUGGAGGAAUUUGAGAAAGGACAAACUAAAGCGGCUUCUGAAGAGAUAUCAAGAGAGGUCAAAACCCUAAUCGAUUCCCACGAUUUGGAUUCUCUCAAACAGUUGCAACUCCUCAUAUUAGGAAGGUUGCAGGACAGCAAUGCAGUUCUUUCUCAUUUCAAUGAUUAUUCAGAGCAUUGUUUUGCUGAGGUGUCUGCUGAUUUCUCGAGAAAUACGCGCCUCUUUAAAACCAUGAAAGCGGACCUUGAUUACAUAUUUCAGAAGUUGAGGAGCAUGAAGGCAAAGAUAUUGAGUACUUAUCCUGAUGCACUCCAAGAUGAAGCUACGAUUCAGGCCCUUGAUCACAGGCCGGACCUGGAAAUACCGCAAUGAUUUUGGUUUUGUAAAUAUAUAAUUUGGGUAUUGAAUUUCUUCUUCCGAACCUAGAAUUUAUUCCAAUCAAAUCAGAACUAUUCAGAUCAGGUAAAGUGAACAUGACCGUGAACAUGACCUAAUUCUACUCGGGACAUAUACCUUGUAUUUAUAAAUUGGAAUUAAUAUUUUCCUAAUAU